AUGGCGAUCCCCGCGGAGCGGCCGCCGGACGGCGCCUCGCUGGUGUCGUUCAACCUGCUAGAGGACCGCGAGGAGCGGCCUCCGCCGUCGUUUGCAUUUGCGUCGCUGUUUGAUCGCAUGCGGAAUGCGUUUAGCACGGCGCCCGAGCGCGACGUGCCGGACGAGCCGAGUGGCGCGUCGCCCGAGCGGAGCGCGUCGCCAGAGAAGCGCACGCGGCGUCCCGGGCGCGCGAUUGUGCCGCUGCGCACGGUCGCGCCAUCGCCGGUGCCGUCCUUCACCUCGGUAUCGUCGCAUGCCGCCGACGAGCCGGGCAGCCCGGUGCUCACCGAGGCCGACUCGGAGGCCGAGGUCGCGCAGAGUGUGCCCGGCUUUCCGCUGAGCCGCGACGUGCUGGAUGACACGCGCUCGCUCUUUUCGACGCCUACACCGCGCUCCGAGAUUGGCGACGACACCGUGAGCACGUUUUCGUUUCGGCCUUCGUACCCCAGCGCCGAUGCGUGGAUCCGGCGCUUCCGUGGCGAGGGGCUCAGCCGCAAGUACUGGAUGGCGGACGAGACGGCGAAAGAGUGCCGCGACUGCCUGCUUCCGUUCACGCCGCUGCGCCGGCGGCACCACUGCCGCAUCUGCGGCCAGAUCUUUUGCAACAAGUGCUGCUCGAAUAUUGUGCCCGGCGCCAAGUUUGGACACGAGGAGGCGAUCCGCACAUGCAACCAGUGCCUGCACAUGCUCGAAGAGUACGACCGCCGCGAGAUGAUCGAUGCCGAGCACCGCGCCGAGGCGCUCAAGACCGAGGCGGCGUCGCCCACAUUCGUCUCCCCGACCGAGACCGAGUACGGCGACUUGCAGACGCCGCAGUCGCAGUUUGCCGCCACGACGCUCUUUUCGCAGGACGCACACACGCUGCCCCGGCGCACUUCGCACGACGACGAGCCGGACUGGGCCACGGUCGACGCGCUGAACCACGAGGAACUCGCCGAGACGAGCCUCGGCGACGAGUUGGCCGACGGCGAGCUGGCGCCGUUCCGUGCGAACCUCGACGCGGACGACGUGCCGCCGGCGCUCGCAGAAGAGUCGUUCGACGAGGUUUUGCCUACGACGCAGGCCCCAGAGGCCGUCGACGAAACGCCGGCCGACCCGCAGUCGCCGGUCACGCCGCGCACCACGCCGGGCUCGCCCGUGCGCCGCAGCACCGCGCGGCAGAAGCUCAUGCGGGGAGCAUCCCGCUUUGUCACCUCGACGGCGCUCGGCGCGCCGUCGCUCGUGUACUUCUUGCGCAUGCUGCACCAGGUCCUCGUCGCCGAGCACAUGGGCGACGUCCAAGAGUGGAAAGAGACGGUCAAGCUGCUUGCCCUCUCGGUCAUUGAGCGCAUACGCAUGCGCACGCGCAACACCUAUCUGACCGACAUCCGCAACUUUGUCAAGAUCAAGUGCAUGCCGGGCGGCCGCAUCUCUGACUGCGAGUUCCUCGACGGGUACAUUUGCACGAAGAAUGUCGCAACGAAAAAGAUGGCGUCGUUCCUGCCGGUGCGCAACGCCCGCAUCAUGGUCGUUACCUUUCCGCUCGAGUACCACCGCAACGCGAACCAGCUCAUGUCGCUCGAGCCGAUCAUGGCGCAGGAGCACGAGUUUAUCCGCAUCCUCGUCGCGCGCAUUCUCGACCAGCGCCCGAACGUCGUGGUCGCAGAAAAAUCCGUGUCGUACUAUGCGCUACAGCUCUUUGAAGAGGCGGGCGUCGCGGUGUUUUGGAGCAUGAAGAAAUCCUCGAUCGAUAUCAUUGCACGGUGCACGCAGGCGGACAUUGUCUCCUCGAUCGACCGCCUGGCGCUCGAUCCCCGCCUCGGACGCUGCGCGUGUCUGUCGGUGGACACGUACGAGUUUGCGCACGAGCCAGGGCGCCGCAAGCCGCUGCUGCGUAUCGAGGUCACGUCAAAAGAUGUCAGCAGCGCGCUCGUGCUGCGUGGCGCGUCGAUCGCCAAGCUGCGGCGCAUCAAGGCGAUCCUUGCGCUAAUGGUGUUUGUCGGCUACAACCUCAAGCUCGAGGAGCACCUGCGCCGCGAUGUCGGUGUAGUCCUCGACUGGUCCGUGAUGAAUAUCCAGCACGGGCCGGAGGAGCUCCAGACGCUGGGGCAUGCAGACCUCGACGAGGAUAUGCACCGCAAGCUCAUCCUCACCGAGACGCUCAAAAAGUACCAGCGCCUGAUCCUCAGCGCGUCGCUCUCGGUGAUUCUCCAGCCGCCGUACCUCGUGACGCACAUGAAGUAUGUGACGGACCGUAUGCACGUCCUGCGAUCUGCUAUCCCCAAUGAGAAGCCAAGCACACUCAUGUACGAGCUGCAGGGCCGUGCGAUCCGGGCACAGGAAGAGACCAAGGGCAAGAAAGGCGAGCAGACACCCGAGUCGGAAAAGCCGGAGCUGCACACGACCGACCCGCCGAAGAGUUCGCCGCGCUCGGAGCGGAGCGAGGCGCGGCCAGUGCCAGAUCCCACGCCGUCCCCGGCGCCAUCCUCGGCGACGUCGGCGCCGACGCCGAGCCGCGAAGAGAUCUUUCCGCUCACCGGAUCCGACGCGCCGCCGACCGUGUCGCUGCUCGAUCCCCGGUCGGCGCACGACGAGACAGAGCUCAUGGUGCUCGAGGCGGAGCAUGCGGCAAUGCAGCACUCAUGGAAGGCGUGUGUUACCAACAUGGCCAAGAUGCUCUCGCCGUUUGCACACCAGAACCUCGUGAUGCUCGUGUCGACGACGUGUGCGGCGACGCAGCAGAUCUGCACCGGCCCAGCCCUGCACACGAUUGAGUACUACGGCCCGGACGACGAGCCGCUCGGCCAGUUCCUCGAGCGCACAUGCGACGAGAGUGUCAACCCGUGUGCGUCCAAGACGUGCGACCGUGCGAACCUCGUGCACUAUACCACGUACGUCCACAGCGGCAUGCGCGUGCAGAUGGUCGUCGAGCGCUUCGUGUGCCCGCUGCCGGGCGAAGAGAAGCAGCUGCUCUGCUGGAGCUACUGCAAGCAGUGCGAGCGCACGACGCCGGUGACGCACCUCAGCGACGAGGGCUGGUCGUUCUCGUUUGCCAAGUACCUCGAGCUGCAGUUCUACCCCAAUGCCGCAUGCCAUCCGUCGACGUGCCAGCACGACUACUACCGCGACAGUGUGCGCUACUUUGCGCUGCGCAACCUCGCGAUCCGCUUCUUAACCGACCCCAUCGAGCCGUGGGAAGUCGUUGUUCCGCCAAUGCAUCUGCUCAUUUACCCCGAGAAGCAGUAUGUGCUCAAGAACGAAGAGGCAGUCGGUCUCUUUGAGCGCAAUGUACAGUACUGGGACUCGGUGUGUGCGCGUAUCAGCGCGCUGCAGCAGGAGCUGCGCAGCGCACGCAUUUACACCAUCGUUCCUGCACUCGCCAAGACACAGGCACGCGCCCUCGCGCUCCUCGGCCAGAUCCUCGCUGCGGCACAUGCAGACUGCGCCGAGAUCCAGCGCCUGAUGAUGCAGGUGUACUGGGACUCGGGCCGCGCGCUCAUCCGCAUGAACGAUGUCCGCCGCGUGCUCCAGGACAAGGUCGUGGAGUGGGACGGGCUCUUUGUCGAAUUCGAAAAGCGCUCGACCGUCUCGGAGCGCGAGAUCCGCCGCCUGCUCGCCGUCCACGUAAAAAAGGCAGAAGAGAGCGACGAGGCGACACCCGACACGCCGUCCGAGAAGCGCAUGUCGCUCGACACCACUUCCCUCCUCUGGGACGUGUUUGGCGGGCGCGACGACCGCGACACGCAGGACAAGGAAAAAGAGGAAAAGGUGCUUACCAGUGCGCCGGUCGUUGCGACGCCGGACGAGACCGGCGACGGCAAGCUUCUUGCGCCGAACGACGGUAAGAGUCAUACGAUCGACUCGGGUGCACUCACAGCGCCCUCGCCAGUGCCACACGUCCCUUCGCCGCUCGCACGCACGGUCUCGCUCCCGAUCGAGGAUGCCCAGGCGACAGACCCUGAAGCGGUCGACCUGCCUGCGUCGCAGCCCGAGUUGGAAACGCUUCCCGCAGCGAGCCCCAAAGUGUCUGGCGAGGAUGCACCGCUCGGUGCCUCGCCGACCGACCCGCGUUCGCUCGGCACGCUCGAGAAGCCCAAGGCGGCGCCGCGCCUCGCUGCGCCGCGUCCCAAGCGCCCGGACCCCGAGUGGAUCCAGCCGCCGCCCCGCCCGUCGUCAACCGAGCCCAACUCGCGGCCGACGACGCCUGUUGAGUCUGCACCACACGGACCGUACGGCACCCCCGAGCAGCGGCGCACGCCGAAGCGGCGCGACGACGGCAAGGCGGCCAACUUGCGUCUGACACGCCCGCCAAACCAGGGCUUUGCCGCCUUUGCGAACCACCGCGGCGAGUCGAUGCCACUGCGGCCGCCGUGGGAGACACAGAAAGGACGGCCGCGCAAGGACGAGAAACGCCGCGAGGCACCGUCUCGGUCGCAAGUUUCGAGCAUUGCGCGGCAGUUUGAUCUGCUCAGCCGCGAGGCCGAGCUCGAGCGCGAGCGGCAGCGGCGUGUGCCGAGCCGCGCACGCCGCGCACGCCCGGUUACUUCUACGCACGCGACUGUCGAAGUGUUCAAGAGUCUGCGUGAUGCGGUCGGCGGCGACGAGAGCGACGGGAGCGACCAUGAGCGGCCGAACGAGCCGCACCUGUCUGCAGAGACGCGUGCGGUGGCCGAGGCACCUGGCGCGCGUGUGCCGCCGAUGCACGCGGGCGACCGUGGAGAGCGUGUGCGGCACAAGGGCCGCAAAGGCGACGCGCGAGCAAAAGAGCGUGGCGAGGGUCAAAGUGCAAAAGAGCCUGCCAAGGAGAGCGUCCGGACCAAGGAGCAGGCCGCCACGCACGGCCUGCCCAGCGGAGCGCGUGGCGCCCAGGAUGCGAGUGAGGCCAAGGGCGAUGCGCAGGAUGGCAAGGAUGCGGCGAGCGAGGCCGACGCUACGGAGCCUGUACAUACCGAAGCUCCCACGGAUGCCCCGCCCGAGCCCUCUGUGACGCCAGCGCCCAGUGAGCCGACCGACGAGCCCGCGGACGACCAGGCGUCGCAGCCCGCGGACGAUACCGAGGUCCCUCCGUCGGUGCUUUUUGAGCGUCUCGGCGAGACGUGGCGGCUGCACUGUGGCGAGAUGCUCCCCCUUGCGUACCCCUUCCUGAGUUCGGACCAUGUCUUUUCGGACUCCUGUGUCGUGGUGCGCGAAGACGAGCCGAGCUCGAUCAUUGCCUUUACGCUGAACUCGAAGAGCUACCGUGAGCAGCUCCAAGCGUCGCAGGACGCACGCGCCCGGACCGAAGGUGCGGUCCCCCCCGCCGACGGCCAGUCGAGUGCCGAGCACCUGCGUGAUCUAGAGCACGAGCUGCGCGAUACCGACGGGACGCACUUUGGGUACGAGUUUGACACUGGCUCCGUCAAGCUGUGGUGCAAGAUCUUUUUUGCGGAGCAAUUCGAGGCGCUGCGGCACAUGUAUGGCUGCAGCGAGUCGAUUGUGCAGAGCCUUUCGCGGUGCUUCAAGUGGGACUCGGGCGGGGGCAAGAGCGGCUCUGCAUUCCUCAAGACGCGCGACGACCGGCUGGUGGUCAAGCAGCUGUCGCGUGCCGAGAUUGACGGCUUCUCCAAGUUUGCCCCCCAGUACUUUGCGUAUGUGGCGGACUGCAAAGCGGCUGACCGUCCCACGACGCUCACAAAGAUCUUUGGCUACUUUCGUAUCGGUUUCCGGAACGCACACACCGGCAAGAGUCUCAAGCUGGAUGUGGUCGUGAUGGAGAACCUCGUGUAUGGCCAUCAAGUGUACAAGAUCUUUGACCUAAAGGGCAGCACGCGCAACCGCAUGCGCCAAGAGACCGGGCGCGCGUACGAGGUGCUAAUGGACGAAAACCUGGUGCAAAUGUCGCAGACGUGCCCCAUCCUCGUGCGCGAGCACUCGAAGCGCAUUUUGCGCGCGGCGCUCUACAACGACUCGCUCUUUCUGACGGAUAUGAACGUGAUGGACUACUCGCUGAUUGUCGUGCUCGACGAGACGCGCAACGAGCUGGUGAUCGGCAUCAUCGACUACCUGCGCACCUAUACAUGGGACAAGCGCGUGGAGAGCUUUGUGAAAGAAACGGCGAUCCUCGGUGGCGGCGGCAAAGGCGAGCCUACGAUCAUCACGCCGCGGCAGUACCGCAUGCGCUUCCUCACCUUCCUCGACCGCUACUUUUUGAUGACGCCCGACCCCUGGGUCCAGGAAGGCUGGGUGCUGUAG